UGUCCAAGCCACAAACCCAAUCCUGACAAGCUUUCUCUUUGCCGGGACCUCCUUGGGUGACUUGUUUUAGGGAAGCGACACCAUGGCGUCGGGCUGCAAGAUUGGCCCAUCUAUUCUGAACAGCGACCUGGCCAACUUAGGGGCCGAGUGUCUCCGGAUGCUAGACUCCGGGGCCGAUUAUCUGCACCUGGAUGCACCCUGCUCUUCAGGGAGGGCAGUUUUUUGUAAGCAUUUUGUUCCCAACAUCACCUUUGGUCACCCUGUGGUAGAAAGCCUCCGAAAGCAGCUAGGCCAGGACCCUUUCUUUGACAUGCACAUGAUGGUGGCCAGGCCAGAACAGUGGGUGAAGCCAAUGGCUGUAGCAGGAGCCAAUCAAUAUACCUUUCAUCUUGAGGCUACGGACAACCCAGGGGCUUUGAUCAAAGAUAUCCGAGAGAAUGGGAUGAAGGUUGGCCUUGCCAUCAAACCAGGAACUACAGUUGAGUAUUUGGCACCAUGGGCUAAUCAAAUUGAUAUGGCCUUGGUCAUGACAGUAGAACCUGGGUUCGGAGGACAGAAAUUCAUGGAGGACAUGAUGCCAAAGGUCCACUGGUUGAGAACCCAGUUUCCAUCCCUGGACAUAGAGGUCGACGGUGGUGUAGGUCCUGACACUGUCCACAAAUGUGCAGAGGCGGGAGCUAACAUGAUUGUGUCCGGCAGCGCCAUUAUGAGGAGUGAAGAUCCCAGAUCUGUGAUCAACUUACUCAGAAAUGUUUGCUCAGAAGCUGCUCAGAAAUGCUCCCUUGAUUGAUGAAACCACAAGAAACCCAGUGUUUGUGGUUAUGAAACCUUUUCACUGGAAAACAACAUAGACUACCGGAUCAUAUCUCAGUUGAGGCAGUGCUGCUUUCCUGAGCAAUUGUUCCAGUGAUUAAAUUCUGUGGUACAGAAUGUUCUGAAGGAUUAGAAAUUGGUGUGUAUUAACUACAUUUUAGUGACACAAUUUAAGAUUAGAAUGAAAUACCCUGUUUUUAUGGGAGAAUUGAUUUUUAUAGUGUAAAAAUAUGACUUAAGGUUUCAAACAGAAAUGUCUUAAUGCCUAAAGAGGGAAUAUUAGCUACUAUGAAAAUAUUUGUUUUCUGUGUUUUUAAAAAGAAUGUUCUAUUAUUUCCCAGCUAUUCUCUAAAAACAAAGGGAAUCUUUGUUUUUCAUAAUUCAUAUUAUUUCUGAUUUGUGUAUAAGCCUGAUAAUAUGAAUAGAGUAGAACUAAAAAAUAGAAGCUUGGGUGGAAUAGCAAGCUGUAGGCUUGCAUGGAAGAUUUUUCGCUUUUACCCUUGUAUUCAAGGCAUUAAAAACGAUAAAAGCAAUAUGUGAAACCCAGGGAUUCUAAAACGCAAGUGUGGGUUUAUCAGAAUGUUUGCACUGCCAAAGCUGGUUGGUUAUUCAGUGAUUUCUUCCAGCCCUUGGCCUUGUUAAUCUCACACACCAUUCUUGAGGGCGCUGGAUGCUGCUGCUGUGUUUGUUAGCUUUGUGUAGAAAGGAAAAGUAAAGCCUUCCUUUGAAAUUUC